AAAAAAAACAUCUCCCAUUCGUAAAUUUUGUAGUUCAACAAGAAAAAGUUCCCAAACGAUAGCAGUAGCGUAUCGGAGUGCAUUUUUGCUUGUUAAUUCGUUCAAUUGUACAAGUGUACGCUUACUUUCGGCUUUUCGUAUGUCCAUACAGAACCUCAACGUGCGCGACCCAUUUGCUGAUGCAAGCAAGGGCCCUGAUGAUGACAUACAGGACGGCCUCGUACAUAUAAGGAUUCAACAGCGGAACGGCCGCAAAACUCUGACCACCGUCCAAGGCCUCUCAGCCGAAUACGAUCUGAAGAAGAUUGUGCGCUCAUGUAAGAAGGAGUUUGCCUGCAACGGCACCGUGAUCGAUCAUCCCCAAUACGGUGAAGUGCUUCAGCUUCAGGGUGACCAGCGCGAAAACAUAUGCCAGUGGCUGACUAAAUCGGGCCUGGCCAAAGCCGAUCAUCUGAAAGUUCAUGGUUUCUAAGGCAAGGGAACAUAGGCCCUAACAAAAUGUUUCACUCAAGUCUUCAAAUUGAGGAAGAGAACGUUCCCAUAAAAACCAGAGAACAACGAUUACGAAGCAGUUGGCAGUUACACAGUUAUUACCCAUAAUUCAUUCAAAUAUUUAAAAAGCAAUAGCAAUGUCGCACUAACAUGAAUCACUUUUAGUUUGCAGUUAAAUAAAAUAAAAAACAGUUACACACACAUAA